AUGGAAGCUCCGUGGUCCAAGUCACCACAGGAGAUCCUCGCUUUCUACAACGUCGACCCCACUCGAGGACUUUCUGCUGCCCAAGCUGCUAAACACGCCGAGAUAUAUGGAAAAAAUGAACUGCCCGAAGACCCUCCUACUCCUCUCUGGGAACUCAUCCUCGAGCAAUUCAAGGACCAGCUCGUCCUUAUCCUCCUCGCUUCGGCCGUCGUGUCGUUCGUCUUGGCCCUGCUAGAAGGCAACGAAAAUUCAAGCUGGUUUGGCGCCUUCGUCGAACCUCUCGUCAUUCUCCUUAUCCUCGUGGCGAACGCAGCCGUUGGUGUAAUCCAAGAGUCGAGUGCAGAAAAGGCAAUUGAUGCGCUGAAGGAAUACUCCCCAGAUGAAGCCAAGGUUCUCAGGUCCUCGCAAAUUGCACGUAUACACGCGUCGGAACUCGUCCCAGGAGACAUUAUCUCGGUGGCAGUAGGCGACAAGAUUCCCGCGGACUGCAGACUGCUCUCGGUUUCGUCAAGUAGUUUUCGAAUUGACCAGGCCAUUUUGACGGGAGAAAGCGUCAGUGUGCACAAGUCUAUCGACGCUGUACCGGAUAAGAAGGCCGUUAAGCAGGAUAUGACGAAUAUUCUCUUCUCUGGAACCACGGUUGUUAAUGGAAAUGCGAAAGCCAUCGUCAUAUUCACUGGUGAAAAGACGGCAAUUGGCGAUAUCCAUAAGUCGAUCAGCUCGCAAAUCUCAGAGAAGACUCCUCUGAAGAGGAAGUUGGACGACUUCGGAGACAUGUUGGCGAAGGUCAUCACCGUAAUCUGCAUUCUCGUCUGGGUCGUCAACUUCCGCCAUUUCUGGGAUCCUGCCCAUCACGGAGCACUGAAGGGUGCUAUCUACUACUUUAAGAUUGCUGUCGCGUUGGCGGUCGCGGCUAUUCCUGAAGGUCUGGCCGCUGUCAUCACAGCGUGCCUUGCACUCGGAACGAAGAAGAUGGCUCAGAAGAACGCGAUCGUCAGAAAUCUUCCCAGCGUCGAAACUUUGGGCUGCACAAACGUCAUCUGCUCAGACAAGACUGGAACGUUGACCACCAACCAAAUGAGUGUCUCUAAGUUCUUGAUUGUUGACGGUUCCGGCACUCCUCGUGAAUUCACCGUGGAAGGCACCACCUUCUCGCCUUACGGGUCGGUUUACACUGCUGAUGGCAAAGUUGCCUCCGCUGAAUUGAAGUCAGACCCUAUCCAACGUUUGGCUGAAAUCAGCGCCCUAUGCAACGACUCGAAGGUUGUCUACAAUGGGGACAAGGGGGUUUACAGUAACGUUGGCGAACCCACUGAAGCCGCCCUCAGAGUAUUGGCAGAGAAAAUUGGCUGUAAUGACGCCGAAAUCUCGAAAUCAUUAGUCGACCUCUCGCCUUCAGCUCGUGCUAACGCCGUCAAUGAAUACUUCGAGCGUACCAAGCCCCGUCUAUUGACCUUCGAGUUCUCUCGCGACCGCAAGAUGAUGUCUGUCCUCGUCCGUGUCAACGGCACCGGCUCUCUCUUCGUCAAAGGCGCGCCCGAGUCUGUUCUCGAGCGGUGUACCUCCGUCAUAGUCAAUGGGAAGACCAUCCCUCUCACAUCCGCACUCAAGGCCUCCCUCCUCAAGAGCACUGUCGCGUACGGCUCAAAUGGGCUCCGGACUCUGGCGCUGGCCUACCGUGACGUGCAGGACAUUGACUCAACGCAUUACCUCUCGGAGAGCUCGAAGGAUUACGCCCGGUUUGAGCAGAAUCUCACAUUCGUCUCGCUAGUCGGUAUGCUCGACCCACCACGCCCCGAGGUGCGUGAGGCCGUAGCCAACUGCCGCGCCGCGGGCAUCCGGGUUAUCUGCAUUACAGGCGACAACAAGGGUACGGCGGAGACGAUUUGCAGGCAGAUUGGAAUUUUUGGCGAUGAUGAGGACUUGACGGGCAAAAGUUAUACGGGCAGGGAGCUGGAUGAGCUGAGCCAUGAGGAGAAGGUGAAGGCGGUGCAGAGGGCGAGUCUGUUCUCGAGGACGGAGCCGAACCAUAAGAGCCAGCUGGUGGAUUUGUUGCAAGGACUGGGCUUGGUUGUGGCCAUGACUGGCGACGGUGUCAAUGACGCUCCUGCGCUGAAAAAGGCAGAUAUCGGUGUGGCGAUGGGCAGCGGAACGGAUGUGGCGAAACUCGCUGCUGACAUGGUCCUCGCCGACUCCAACUUCGCCACGAUUGAGAAGGCCGUCGAGGAAGGUCGACUUAUUUACAAUAAUACCAAGCAGUUUAUUCGUUAUCUUAUUUCCUCGAAUAUUGGCGAGGUCGUCAGCAUAUUUUUAACUGUGCUUCUGGGCAUGCCCGAAGCUUUAAUUCCCGUCCAGCUCCUCUGGGUCAACCUCGUCACGGACAGUCUACCGGCUACCGCACUCGGUUUCAACCCACCUGAUCACUCGAUUAUGCGCGUUCCACCGCGAGACAGCCGCGAACCCCUCGUUGGCAAGUGGUUGUUCUUCCGCUACAUGGUCAUUGGGAUGUACGUGGGAUGCGCGACGGUGUUCGGUUAUGCCUGGUGGUUCAUGUUCUACGAGGAGGGUCCUCGAAUUUCAUUCUAUCAACUCACCCACUUCCAUGAAUGCCUCUCCCAAUUCCCAGAAAUUGGCUGCUAUAUGUUCACGAACGAGAUGUCGCAUCGUGCAACAACGAUGAGCUUGUCGAUCCUGGUUACCAUUGAGAUGUUCAACGCCAUGAACUCGCUCUCCGAGAACGAGAGUUUGCUCCGGCUGCCUCUCUGGAAGAACAUGUAUCUCGUUGCUGCUAUUACACUGAGCAUGGCGUUGCACUUCAUGAUUCUUUACGUGCCUUUCUUCACAACGCUGUUUGCCAUCACUCCCCUCAACUGGGCUGAGUGGAAGGCAGUACUCUGGAUAAGCUUCCCUGUCCUCGUCAUCGACGAAAUACUCAAGUUUAUCUCGGCAACGAUUGUUGAGCCCCCGUCGAAAAUCAAGCUUGACUAA